AGGGCGCUGUGACGCAGUUGUGAGCCGACUCUUGUGCUCUGGUAUCCCGGUAUCAUGAUGAAGACAGAGAGCGUGUACAUCAGCGCACAUGCUUUCCCUCAGCUAAUACUUUAACUAACUCACACUUAGCCAAGAUGGCGGAUUCCGACUCUUGGGACGCUGACAACUUCGAGCCGAUUGCGCCGAUCAGAGACGCUGCCGGGCGGCUGGAUAGAUGGGAAGGCGAGGACGAGGAGGAAGACGUGAAGGAUAACUGGGAUGAAGAGGAGGAGGAGGAGAAGAAGAAGGUAGAAGAGAUCAAACCAGUUGUGAAACCUCCUGAAAAGAAGAAAUUAAGUGCAAAAAUAAAAGAGAAGGAAAACUUGCAAAAGAAAAAGCAAGAAGAGUUGCAAAAUAAUGAAACAGAAAUAAAUGAAACGCUAUCGCCAGAAGAGCAGCUUGCAGAAAAGCUUCGAGUGCAGAAGCUGCAGGAGGAGGCAGAUCUGGAGUUGGCCCGUGAGGCUUUCGGUAUUGAUUCUGUUAAUACUGUUAAUAAUACAAACAAUGUCUCUGGAAUUGAAGCCAUGUGCCCCUCAUCCAAAGAAGAUUUUGUUGCGUUUGAAAAAUUACUGAAAGAUAAGAUAACACAGUUUGAAAAAUCAGUGCAUUAUUCCAGCUUUUUGGAGUCACUGUUUCGAGACCUUUGCAUUUCGUUGGAAGUAGAUGACCUGAAGAAAAUAAGUAGUGCUUUAUCUGUUCUGCUCACUGAAAAACAGAAACAAGAAAAGGAAAAGAAGGCAAACAAGAAAAAGAAGAAAGGUGUAGUGCCCGGUGGUGGUUUGAAAGCAAACAUGAAAGAUACCUUUGAUGAUUAUGGUGCUUUUGAUGGUGGUUACGGCAAUGAGUAUGAUGACUUCAUGUGACAAAGGUUCAUCGUCCCCCUUUCCAUUCCCCCACAAUGCCCAAACGCCCCUGCAGACAUGCAGCAGUACCCUUUCAUGCUACUCAGCGCCAUUUUGGAGUAAAAUGGACAACGUGUCAACCCUUUUUACUUGGUUUAAAGUGGUGACAAACUUUCUUCAUAAAGCUGCUAUCACCCUACUGGUGACAAUGGGCAAAGCAAAUUUAUUAAGAUGGCCUUGAAAUCUUAUUUUAUAUCUCCAAAACAGAGACUUUAUGAUGUGGGACAAUUAUGGUGGAGGUGUCUCCUUUCAUUGUCCUUCAAUGCCUUAGGAAACUUUGUAAAAAAUGUGUUUUUGUUUUGGUUGAAAGUGACUUUUCUUUUUUUAAAGCUGUGCAAUUUCAGUUACACAAAAGUAAAUGUGAUGCUCUAUGCAAGUUCAUUUCUUUUAAGAAUGAUUGUGUCAUUUAUCCACAAUUGCAAACAGGAUCACAGCCUCAGAUUUCCAAACUUAAACCAAAUGAACGUAAUUUUACAUUUACAAUCAGAAGUUGAAAGUUUGCCGGUGCUUAUAGUUUAAACCGUGAUAGCAUAUUUAACAGAGGUGGUGGCACAUGGAUUAAAUGAUGGAUCUGAACACUUGCAAAUUGAAAGUAAAACUUCACUAAACAUCUUGAAUCUGUCAAACCCUGAUCAUGCCAUAUAAGCACAUUAGAAUAAUUAAACUUUUUAGUUUUCCUCAAGUAUUUGAAAUGAAACUAGUAUUUAGCACACGAUCAGAUAAUGCCCCUGAUGGUGGAUUAUUACUAGGUAAAGUCAAGUUAAUGCUUUCUUUUGACCCUUUGUCUUAGAAUAGCUUCUAGAAGUAAAGCUAGCCUUACUUACUUUGUAAAGUAAAAAUGAAUUCAAGCUUUUACUUGGACAAAAUGUGAUAGUGAUACUACAAAGAUACUACAAAGGCAGCGUUUCAUUUUUUUUUAUUAAAGAAUGAAAUUAAUAAAAUCAUUGGUCUAAAUGAAUCACAUGGUAUUUUUGUAAAAAAAAAAUGUUUUUAGAUUAGUAAAUGACAAAUGUCACGUUUGAGUGAAAGUGAGAUGUUUAAAUGCAUUGUCUUUGAUAAUCUGAAGUAUGCAAUAAAUAUUAUUUACAAUU